AUGAAGCUGCACGGCGUGAUCCUGGGCGCUCUGCUCCUCCUGCUGCCGACCGGCUGCGGUGGCAUGCCCAAGUCCUCCGCCAUCGACCUGCGGACCUUCAUCGGCUGCGCUGUGCGUGAGUUCACCUUCCUGGCCAAGAAGCCCGGCUGCAGGGGGCUGCGGGUGACAACGGACGCGUGCUGGGGACGCUGCGAGACCUGGGAGAAACCGGUGCUGGAACCGCCUUACAUCGAGUCUUACCACCGCGUUUGCACCUACAACGAGACCAAGAUGAUGACGGUGAAGCUGCCCAAGUGUGCCCCUGACGUGGAUCCCUUCUACACCUACCCGGUGGCCAUCCGCUGCGACUGCGACAUCUGCUCCACUGCCACCACCGAAUGCGAGACUGCCUGA